AUGGAUGUUCCCUCCCCGGAACCACCAAGUGAAACUGAAGCUACUGAUAGAUUUCCAUUGCUAAUGGCUCAGAAGGAAAACCAUUGUGAUUGCGAGCAUGUUGUUGAUAUAUCAAGGAGAGAUGAUGCUUUGUCAAGCCUGUCUAAUGAGGAUCCUCCUCCUGGAGCAGAGCCACCACAGCACGAGGACAGAUCAUCAAGUAGCAUACAGGCUGUCACUUAUCAAUCUCCCGUGUUGUCUUCAAGUACUGUCAACUCUAGGAACUCUCCAUCUAUAAGGAGAAGUGAAGGCUAUGCUAGUCGCCGUAGAAGUCCACUGAAUUCAGGGCUAUGGAUUUCUAUUGAGCUAGGUGUCAAUGUGGGCCAAAUUAUAGCAUCUAUUGUUGUUUUGUCAUUGUCAAGACAUGAAAAUCCACAAGCCCCGUUAUUUGCCUGGGUUCUGGGUUAUGCAUCUGGAUGUGUUGCAAUGCUUCCUAUUAUUUAUUGGCGUUAUCGUAAUCGCAAUCAAGGAACUGCUCAAGAUACGACUCAUUUACAUCAGGGAUCAUCUCAAAACAAUUCUUCAUCUGAACCUGCUUCAUACACAGCUAUUUCCGUUGCUCAAUCUUCUGGAGAGGAAAACCAUCAAAUCGCGAAUGCAGCCGCUUCAAGCAGUCAGAUCACCCAAAGCUUGAGGGCACGCCUUAACAGCCUUGUGGACCACUUCAAGAUGGCCCUGGAUUGCUUUUUUGCAGUGUGGUUUGUCGUAGGUAAUGUGUGGAUUUUUGGAGGUCACUCUUCUCCUUCAGAUGCUCCUAAGUUGUAUAGGUUAUGUAUAGUAUUCCUAACCUUUAGUUGUAUUGGGUAUGCCAUGCCCUUUAUACUGUGUGCAACGAUCUGUUGCUGCUUGCCCUGUAUGAUUUCUAUCCUGGGUAUCCAAGAGGAUCUUUCUCAGACUAAGGGAGCCUCGAUGGAAUCCAUUAAUGCUCUCCCAACAUACAAGUUCAAGCUGAAGAAAAGAGGUGACAAUCAGGACAUCAACUCGGGAACUUGUGAAGGUGGAGUCUUGGCUGCAGGAACUGAAAAGGAGCGUACCAUAUCAGGAGAAGACGCUGUUUGUUGUAUUUGCUUGGCAAAAUACGUAGACAAUGAGGAAUUGAGAGAACUAUCCUGCUCUCAUUUUUUUCACAUCGAUUGCGUAGAUAAAUGGCUGAAGAUUAAUGCAUUGUGCCCUCUUUGUAAAUGUGAGAUCGGGGAAAAUGGUGGGGCUUCAUCAUCAACCACAAACUCCAGCCAACAUCAGAGCGAGCAGAGGGCGGGUAAUGUGUCAGCUGAAGGUGUGUAUGGGAUCAACGUGUUUUAG